AUGGGACAGGAAACGGAGCCUUCGAUGAAGUCAUCAAUUGUAAGAAACGAUGAUCGGGUCAUUCAAGUUGAUGUUGCCGAUGCAAAUAGUGUUCAGUCGAUGGUUGGUUGGAUGGUGGAUAAAUCCGGAAGGAUUGAUUAUGUUGUUCAUAGUGCUGGCCUAGGAGCUCCCUCUCUUAAGCCGACCUCUGACGUUGAUAUCGCCAAUUUCGACCAAAUUCUUUCAGUCAAUACCCGUGGAACAAUGCUUAUCACACGAGCAAUAACUAAAGCCAUGUCAACACAAGAACCUCUCACGACUAAGAGUCACCAUGGCGACGAACGCAGUCUGGGUCGAGGAUCUAUUGUGCAUAUCGCAAGUGCGUUUUCGUAUAUUGCGGCGCUGGGAAUGAUGGCACAUGUUGCAUCCAAGCACGCGAUGAUGCGAAUUGUUAAAGUUGCCGGUCGAUGGAAGGGACUCGAAGCAGUUAUUCAAAAAGCUUCACCGGCAGGAAGAGCGGCUAGGGCAGAAGAAUUGGCGAAUGUUGCAGUUUCUAUGUGCAGUCCUUCUGCUAGUUACGUCAAUGAAUCAGAAUUUAUUGUUGAUGCUGGUAUGACAGUUACGGGUCAUAUUUGA